AUGAGCUCUUUCGGCAAGGUCUUCCGUGUCACCACUUAUGGUGAAUCUCACUGCAAGGGUGUGGGCGCAAUCGUCGAUGGUGUUCCUCCUGGCUUACAGCUUACAGAAGCCGACAUUCAACCUCAACUUUCUCGUAGACGUCCUGGUCAAAGCAACAUUACAACUCCUCGCAAUGAAAAGGACAAGGUGACCAUCAUGUCUGGUACAGAGCACGGCAUUACCCUUGGCACACCCAUCGGCCUUCAAGUCCCCAACGAAGAUCAACGUCCUCACGACUACAGCGAAACGGAUGUCUAUCCACGCCCAUCGCAUGCCGACUACACUUACCUUCAAAAGUAUGGCGUAAAGGCAUCCUCUGGUGGUGGUCGUGCUUCAGCCCGUGAGACCAUUGGACGUGUAGCUGCAGGUGCUAUUGCUGAAAAGUAUCUCAAACUUGCUCAUGGUGUCGAGAUUGUGGCCUUUGUAUCCAGUGUCGGCAAGGUUGCUAUGCCCUUUGUGCAGCAAAUGCAGGAUGAGGAAAAGUUGGAUCCCGAGUUUUUCGACUUUUUGAACACAAUCAGCCGCGAAGAGGUGGAUCAAGAUAUUACCCGGUGCCCUCAUGCAGAAACUUCAGAGGCAAUGAAAGAGUUGAUCUUGAAGAAAUCACAAGAAAAGGAUUCUAUCGGUGGUACGGUGACAUGUGUGAUUCGCAACUGCCCAGUCGGCUUGGGUGAGCCAUGCUUUGACAAGUUGGAAGCCUUGCUUGCACACGCCAUGUUGUCGAUUCCUGCAACCAAGGGCUUUGAAUUCGGAUCUGGAUUCAAUGGCACAAAGAUGUCUGGUCACUUGCACAAUGAUCCUUUUGUUCUCCGUGAGGAUGGUCAAUUUGGUACAAAGACCAAUUACUCAGGUGGUGUUCAAGGUGGUAUUACCAAUGGCGAAAACAUUUACUUCCGUGUUGCCUUCAAGCCCCCUGCUACUAUCUCCCAGGAUCAACAAACUACUUCGUAUGAUGGUGUCUUUGGUACUUUGGCUGCUCGUGGUCGUCAUGAUCCUUGCGUUGUUGCUAGAGCUGUACCUAUCGUUGAAGCCAUGGCUUCCUUGGUUAUUAUGGAUGCAAACAUGCAACAAGAGGCACGCCGAGCAACAUCCUCAAGACUCCCUCCUGUCGAUAUUCAUCAUUCAUUGCUGGGAAAACCCCCAUCCCCUCAAUAG